AUGGAAGGUGAUAAACAGAUAGUCUUCUACGACAUCGCCUCGGGUCCACCAAGGACAUGUUAUGCGCCUAAUCCCUGGAAGACCAGAUAUGCUUUAAACUUCAAGGGCGUCGACUACCGCACCGCCUGGGUUGAGUACCCCGAAGUCACCCGUACCCGGAUGGAGCUCGGCGUUCCACCAUGUCGUUAUCACGCCGACGGCUCGCCAUUCUACACAUUGCCCGUGCUACGGGAUCCAUCCACGGGAGCGCUAGUGGGAGAUACCUUUGACAUUGCCGUCUAUCUCGACAAGCAAUAUCCCGACAGGCCUACCUUGAUCCCACCACGGUCCAUUGCCGUGUUCAAGGCCUUUAACAAGCAAAUGGACGCCCUCUUUACUUCGACGGUGCUUCUUUGGUGUCAGGGCAUUCCGCUGAAUCCAGAAACAGCCGAGGAGUCCAAGGCCGAGUUCGUCAGGAGAACAAAUGGUACUCCGUACGAAGAGAUUACCGUCAAGGGCGAGGCCAGGAGACAACUGCUCGAACAGUCCAAGGAAAAGCUGGCUGAGCUCGCAGAGCUCUUUCAGCACCCUGAGGAGCCAUUCAUGGAAGGUGCCACGGCUACGUAUGCCGAUUUCAUCAUUGGGGGCUGGUUGACGACCAUGUCGAUUACUCUGCCAGAGGGUGACUGGACUGAGAUCAAGAGCUGGCACGAUGGAAGAUGGGCCAGGCUUUAUGCAGGUUUACGGAGAUAUGCGGACGUCAAAUAA